AAGCCUAAGAUUAUCCCGUAGUCGACUAGUCGCUCCCCCCCCCAGUCCCCCGCCCCUCUAGGCUCAUGCGCUGCUGACCAAACAGUAGGCUCCUAGGUGAAAGCGUGUAGGGUGUAAUAUUUAUCAUCCUGCUCUGGGGGUGCUUCCUAGUACUGCGCACAGGCCACCAUGGACGGACAUGGGUCGUUUGGAACCAACAGACCUCACCCCGCUAAUUGUUCGCUCUUGCGGCAGGUGACUAGCCAAGAAAGCUUGGAAUUGGGCUCAGCAGAAGCCGAGGAUCCUGCAUUGGCGGCAGCCAAGAAGAUAAAACUAGAGAUGAAAGAGAAGAAAGAGAAGAAGCACAAAGUAGAUGAAGAUGAGAUUCAGAAAAUGCAAAUUUUGGUUUCUUCCUUUUCUGAAGAGCAGCUGAAUCGCUAUGAGAUGUACCGCCGGUCUGCUUUCCCCAAGGCUGCUAUUAAACGGCUGGUCCAGUCCAUUACUGGUACAUCUGUGUCUCAGAAUGUGGUUAUUGCUAUGUCAGGGAUUUCCAAAGUCUUCGUUGGGGAGGUGGUAGAAGAAGCACUGGAUGUGUGUGAGAAGUGGGGAGAAUUACCACCUCUUCAGCCCAAACACAUGCGUGAGGCAGUCCGGCGGCUAAAAUCACGUGGGCAGAUCCCCAAUUCUAAGUAUAAAAAAAUCACCUUCCAUUGAAGUGAACUAGAGAGCAGUUUAAGAAGCAGACCUUGGAGAAGAUGGAGGAGAAUAGACUUCCAGCUGUAAAUUAUAUCACCUCAGGGAGCUGCUUAAACAAAAAGCUUGCAGACCUUCUGCACUACUGAUGGUUUCAGCAUUAACUAGCAAACCUGUACCAAAACAACCUAACAGAAGUUUCUUAAAACUACAGUGAGCCCAUGUGGCCAGUUUCUCAGACUCUAUGAAAUGCUUCCAUUUAUAACUUCUGCAAGAAGUGACUGCUUAAGUUCUCUCUCUUUAAACACUUCCUGGGCAACUUACAGAAGUGCUGGUGGUAGAGAGACAUAAAAACUGAUGUGGAAAUGUUGUCAGGGGAAUUAGACAUAGCUGAGGUUGUGUGAAAGGUAGCCAAACCCUUCAAUUACAAAGGACAAAAGCCUUUGGUGUAAUAGGCUUUUUAGUUAGAGAGGAAAAUGUGAUGGGGGCUGAUACUGCUGUAACAGGUACACUUCAGUCUGUAUAGAAAUGGGGAGAUUUUGUACAAUGAAAAUUCAUUAAAUUUGCUGUUCUGUUAAA